UUUCAGGUGUAUUGAAUAACUUCAAAUUAAGAGUGAAUGCUUAUCCAGGUAGCAUGCAAGCCUAAGUUUCACCACAGUGCGCCAGUCUCUGAAUAAUGGCUUCAGCGUUGGAGCCAAUGCAAGUUGAUGUUGUGGAGGAAAACCAGAAUGUUGAGGAAGAGCAAAAUUACUUAGUAGAAAAUGCUUCAAUUGACCUUGAGCAUUAUGCAUCCCAGUUCACAGGACUGGCCAGGUUGAACAGACUUCUGUUUAUCGCAGAGCACUGCAACUCUCUGAAAGUUGAAGCCCUGCGGAUGGCUUUGAACUACACGAUGAAGACCACUUUCAAUACCACACUGUACCAGCUUAUUCAUCACAAGCUUGAAAUUGCAACCUCAGGAUCAAGGGGAGGGGCAAGCAGCAGUGGUCAAAAUAAUCUUCCAGAUGUUGCCUCUGCCAUCAACUCUGUGGAUACCCAGUGGGUAGAAGUGACAUCAAAGAAAGCUGCCCUGAAAUUAGAAAAGCUGGACACAGAUUUGAAAAAUUACAAGAGCAACAGUAUAAAAGAAAGCAUCAGACGAGGCCAUGAUGAUUUAGGAGACCAUUAUUUAGACUGUGGUGAUCUCAGCAAUGCUCUUAAAUGUUACUCACGUGCAAGGGACUAUUGCACUAGCCCCAAGCAUGUGGUGAAUAUGUGCCUCAAUGUCAUCAAAGUCAGUGUUUACCUUCAAAACUGGUCCCAUGUACAGAGUUAUGUCAACAAAGCAGAAGUCACGCCAGAUAACAACAAAGAAGCAUACCAAAGUAUUUCAAGCCGACUCAAGUGUGCUGCAGGGUUAGCCGACUUAGCGACCCGUAAAUACAAAUCUGCUGCCAAGUAUUUUCUACAAGUCAACUUUGAUUAUUGUGAUUUCCCUGAACUUUUGUCACCAUCAAAUGUCGCAACAUACGGAGCUCUCUGUGCCCUGGCAACGUUUGACCGCAAAGAACUCCAAGUUAACGUGAUAUCUAGCAGUUCCUUCAAACAAUUCUUGGAAUUAGAACCUCAGCUACGCGAUAUCAUGAGCAAGUUCUACGAGUCAAAGUAUGCAUCCUGUUUAACACUUUUGACUGAAAUCAAGGACAAUCUCUUGCUGGAUAUGUACGUUGCACCCCAUGUGAACACAUUGUACACACAGAUUAGGAACAGGGCAUUGUGUCAGUACUUCAGCCCCUAUUUGUCUGCUGACAUGAGGAAAAUGGCAGAGGCUUUCAACACCAGCGUGAAUGCUCUUGAAGAUGAGCUGAUGCAACUCAUCUUGGAUGGGCAAAUCAAAGCUCGGAUUGAUUCCCACAACAAGAUUUUGUAUGCAAAAGAUGUCGAUCAACGGAGUACUACCUUUGAGAAAGCUAUCUUGAUGGGGAAGGAGUACCAGAGAAGAACAAAGGCCCUUAUAUUGAGAUCUGCCGUUAUAAAGAUUCAACUUCACGUCAAGAGUCCGCCACGGGAAGGGAUGCAAGUAGAAAUGUCAAUCGCGCCCGCUAGUGCUAGCUCUGUGGUGAGGAAUUAGACUUGUACAGGAGAGUUGUGUAUGCAGUGUGUUCUGCCCCCCCAUCGUCUCUCGACCCAAGCUGCCUGUUCACUCAUCGUUUUUCUUUCCAGUGUGCGAGACAAAGCCUGCUGUGUACUUGAGCUUUUUUUUUUUUUUUUUUCAAAAUUUGACAAAUCUCAUGCCUAUGACUUAGAAUUUGUGUGUGUGUGGUUACAUAUUACAUGUGUGUGUGUCGGUGUGAAAGAGCUUGGGUAAAGUAUCUUUGCUAACAUGUGUUUGGGUGAGAGACAGAUGAGCAUCUAUGCUUGUGUGUGUAUGUAUGCGUGAGAGUGUGUGCGUGUGUGUGUGUGUGUGUGUGUGUGUGUGUGUGUGUGUGUGUGUGUGAAAGAUAGGAAAAUAACCCAGUUGCUUGUGUGUGUGUGCUCUUGUGGAAAUGCAACGAUUUUUGAUCACUGUUGAAGAAAAAGUGCGUAUUAACCCUGUGUGUGUGUGUUUAGAGUUUGAGAUGUAUGAAAUCAUUCCUGUUGUACUGUUCAGUUUGAUCAUUUUUGGACGUUGCGAAGACGCUCUGGCUCAGAAUAUGAUUGUAGAUGGUUUGUGAAGAGUUCCUUUAGCAUCAGAGAAUCGGAUGGUUGGGAGUAAUGUUAUUUAUAUUAUGUUCAUUAGGGUUACUUCCAUUCAUUCUUUUAUGGGCAUGUUUCAAGAAGAGACAUUGUUAAAUAGCAUAAGUUCAUUCUAUUGAGUUUGCUUUUUUCAUGUUAUAGUGAAUGUGAUUUAAACUAUUGUAUUUUGUUGAAAGAAUCGUUAAGUUGUCACUGGGCUCUAUGCUAUAUGGUUUAUUCUAGUUAAAGACAAAUACCUUCUCCCCCCCCCCCCCCCCCAACUCUAUCUUAAAUUCUUGUAAAUCAUCAUAUAGAGUUUUUGGAUAUUCAUUGUUAAAGUACUAUAGUUACAACAAUAUUGCUUCUUAUCAAGUAACUUUAAUUGUUACUCCCUAGUUGGUCAUUUGAGAUUUAUUGAGCUUUUUUACUUAUACUUGAACACUAUUGGAGAGGGUUCAGAAAGGCACUCAGUUUCAAAAACCGCGUGUUUUGUUCUAAUAAUAUCAUGUACUGGCGUGUUAACUGUCUGAAGUUUACAGUCUUGUUGACUUCCAAUAGUUUUUGCGACACUGCAGAUUCAAGAUAGUUUUUCAAAUGUGUUUGAGCUCGGUACAAGUACAAGGAGAAUUUUAUACAUCUCAGAGGUGCUUAUCAGCUUUUCCUUUUGUUCUGACUUUCUGUGUCAUUAAAAAAUAGCUUUCUGGUUGAAGCUUUGUGAAGGGAUUUCACUGUUUGGGACGCCAGUGGAAUGUGAAUGUUUGCCUUGUAGAAUAAUUCACUCCGUUUCAGCAGGGAUUUGAUAUUAUGGUUAGUCUGGAGCAUUAGUUAGUGUCUUUUGUCUGCCUGUAGAUGGGUGGAAGUGCAGCAUGACCUGACAGUUUGUGGAUUUUCCAUCUGUACCCAUUCCGUUGUAUGCUUCCUUGGAAGCUGAGAAUGUUUCGGAGUGUUCUAUGGUCUGCUGGGGUAAUAAUAUAGUGUAAAGCGCAUAGAGCCUGCUGUUGAGCGGGGAUAUCCGCUAUACAAAUGCUAUCUAUUAUUAUUAUUAGAAUGGGUGGCUGGUAUGCUCUUUGGUAUUUUGUCUGCUCCGACUACUUCUUUUCAGUGUUUCUAUUUUCUUGGUUGAUUGUUUUCAUGUUGCAAUACAGUAGUUUAACACACACACACAUGCGUCCCUCCCCGCCUCGUAAAUCAUAACUCCACCUUGCUCUGUUGUAGAGACUUGUAAAAAGUCACACACAUCUCCACAUCCACUGAUCUCUGUCUGUGUAGGCCUCUUUCCUCUCCGUUUGCUUACCGCGGCAGAGGUCUUGUUGUUGUGGUUAGUGUCGGAAACUGGUGAGUUGUUUCUGGGUUUUCUGGUGCUGUUUCGUGGACUGACUCCUUUUUCCCGGGGAGGGGGGCGUUAUUUAACAGUUGACGUGCUGACUGGAGGAAGAAUCGAGCUCUACACUUGUAGUACAGAAUUAACCUGGUUUUUGUUUGGGGUUUUUUUUUUUUUUUGAGGUGAAAGGUGUAGGGAGAGAAGAUUUGGUUGAGAACGGAUGACGUAUGUGAAUUUGAAUCGCCAGAAGAAUUAUUUUUGUAAAAUGUUUUUACAGAUAUUUAUGGUUUCUGAGAUUAAUGUACUGUUAUUUAGAAUGAUAUUUGUUUGGUAUUACUUAUUUAGAGAGUUUAGGAGGGAAAGCAUUUAGAACUAGGUCUGAGAGUUGAAGUGCUCUGAGUGAAUAAAUAAUUACCUUGUAAUAUUUUUCACUUAUUUAAAAAUUAAAAAAAAAAUAAUUGUGCUUUUUUGCCUCAAUCGCAUGUGAAAAUUUUCAGAUUGAUGAUGGGAGAUUAGAACAUAGAGGAUCAGAAUAUGUUUCUGCUCAGAUCUUCGUCUUAUAAAAUUUUGGGUGUGCUAUUUGUAUUGUGAAGAAGAUCAGCUAGUUGUAGGUGUUGUAGAGAUAGGGAAGUUUCCCUCAGGAAUUGGUUUGAUCUUUUCCUCCUGUGUCAUAUUUCAUAUGUUCACUGGUAGGUUGGGAUGAAGGUGUGGUUGUGUAUUUAACAUAUAUUUGAGACCUCCUGAGGGUUUUGUCUACUUAUGUAUUAUUAUUCGGUAGAUUUAUCAAAUGAUGCAAGCGAAGAGUGUCUGCGCUUUCUCGUAGCUCGCAGAAAAAAUUUAUAGGUUUAUUAAAAUGGAGUUGUCCCCGCUGAAUCACGCCCGACCCCAACAUAGCAGUUGAUAAUGGAAAAUAUUUCAGAUGUUCAGGAUGUAUGUUUUCCUAAAUGAGGGCUUUUUGAUAAUGCAGAGAAAUCCGCUUAAUCUGAACACGGCGGUAAAUCGAAUGAAAAUAAAAGUCUGGAUUUGUUUGUCUUCUAUUCAAACAACGGAAGAAAAUCUGGCGUUGUGGCAGAUUUUGGUUUAAGUGGACUCUACUGUAUCGCAACACAUUAGUCCAUAAAUAUGAUUAAUGAUGUGCUAUUUGUUGAGGACACUCUUACUACAAGCAGGUUGUUUGUGUAUUGGUAUGGCUUUUAUGAUUCAUAUAAAGGCAUUAUAGUGGGGGAAAAAAUAUAUAUUCCAACAGAGACUGAAUCAAAAUCUAGACUAGUCAGUCUUGGGGAAAAGUAUAAUGUUUAUUAUUAAUAUUAAUGAUAUUGUUUCGCAUUUUUUCUCGCAUAAACAUUAAAAUAUUUGCAACAGAGACAUUUUCUGGUUUUAGUUUUAUUCUGGUUUCCUAAUUUAUUAACAGUAAUGACACAGAGUAUUUGGUCUUUUCACAUCUUUGGGAAAUUAUGUUUUUGUCACAUGAUAGCAUGUGAGCACUGAAAUCUACCUUACUUUGUGUGUAGUAAUUUUCGCCAACAAUCUAGUUGAAAUGGCACCACCCCCCCCCCACUUCUUAUAACAUUAGUGGUCUUUGAUUAUAUAGCAAAUUUUGUAAUUUAUGUCAAGCAAGUUGGUAUUGACAUUGUGAACAUGUAUUGCGUGUUGAUGAACAAUUGCAUAUCAUCAUAAACAUUUUUUGAAAUACAAACCAAGACGUCUGGCCUUUGUCACUCCCCACUCAGUUUACGCACAAGACUUGUUCUUUAUUUUUUUCUCUGUUAGAUCGGGUUCUGGCCAUCAACUAUUAUGCAUAAUAGUAGAACCCUGUUAAAUUUCAAAAAGUCAAAAAAGCACCUUCUUCUCUUUGCUUUUGCUUCCAGACUGAUGUAGUUUUCAUUUCUCCUCUGGGUUCUUUUGUUUCUUUAUUUUUGUUUGUUCAGAGGGGGGAAAAAAUUGUUCCCACUAGUGUGAAUAGAUGCUCCGGUCAUGAUUUAUGAAUGUAUAUAAUUUAUUAAAACGACAAUAAAGACAACUAAAAUAUG